AUGGGAAAGUUGUUCGAGCCAAGUUCACGCUACCUGAAAGUACCUGAAAGGAGGAAGGCUAUUUCGCCUUCUAAAGGUGUUGCCACUAUGUCCAAUAAAUAUACCCCAAAAGCUGAUAAUAUUGCUGCAGAUGCUGACAAAGAUGGAAUAAAUCGGCAGCGAGAAGCAGUAUCGCCACAUCUAAAACCCCUUUCUCCACAUUGGAAGAGAUCUCCUGUAGGACGAAGAGGAUCUCCAAGAUGGGAGCCAAGCUCUCUACUACGUCAACAUGCAGAAUCUUCUCUCCCGCAUCGAGCUGAUUUUCCUUCUCGAUGA